AUGCUAUUGAAAGAACAAUACGAUUAUAGACUAAAAACGAUUGAAGACAGAUUAGAACAUUAAGAACAAUUUAUGAAUAAAAAGAUAAAUCAUUUAGAGGAUAGAAUUCGAUCUAUCAAUAUUAUAUAUGACAGAAUUGAUGAAUUAGCAGAACGUAUAAAUCUUUUACAUACGCUCUUUGACAAAUUAAAAGAAAAUUUUGAUGCUAAAUUAAUGUCUUAAGAUGAUAAAAUAACAAAUGUGAAUUCAAAGAUAAAUAAGUUAAAAAGCGAGGAUAUUCAAUAUAUAUAUAAUCUAAUAAAAAAAGCAUCGACUACAUCAAAAGAGUUAUCGUAAGAAAUGUAGAACAUUAAAACAAAGGAUAUAGUGUAAUCUGAAGUGCUAUACAAAUAGGAAUUGAAGCAAUCUAAAAUUUUGGGAGAAAGAUUACAAUCUCCUUUAAUCAAUUAACGAAAUGAUACUUAUUAAAAAACAGAUAGGAUAAGAUCUAUUACACUUGAGAAGGAUAAAGGGUAAGAUCUGAAAGGAAAAUAAGAAAACUUAGAGCAAGAUCAAAAUUAAAACAAUUCAAAAUCCAUUAUGAAAACUGAUACACAGAAAUUAAUUGAUAAAUAUUAAUUUACACUGCAAAAUAAAGGAGAAAAUGAUAAUACUCAAAUUAAAAUAGAUUAAUAGAGACUUAGUUAUGCCUAAUCUGAAGGAGGAACUAACAUUGAAUAAAUUAAAUUACUAACAACUCAAUAAUAAUUUCUUUUAGAACGAACCAUAUCUUAAGAUCAUAUACCGAAAUCUAAGUAUUUAAAUUGUACAAAUUAAACUAAAGAAUAGUUAAAAAAUCUUAGGAAAUGA